UGUUGUGGCAACACUAAAUAUAAGUACACACUUUACUUCACUUAAGUCAUUUAACCAUAACAUGGCUUUGUAGGUGCACGCCUUUGCCUAAACCGGUUCGUUAUAUAAAAAAAAAUAUUUUAGUUUUUCAAAAUGGCAUACGUUUCCCGCGUUUUGAGACGCACGUCGCCGUUCCUUUUUCAAAAAAGGCUGGAGUCGACGAUGGCAUCAUUAACUAAGGACGAAAUACUCAUUUUACUUCGACCUCCUUACACGAAUUGGAGCAACAUUAUAAGAGAGGCUGAAAAAGUUGUUGGUUAUCCCACUUCUUUCAUGAAUUUGAGAUGUCUCUUAAGCGACGAAUUCGCGAACCUGGCGCUAUAUUUGCGGAAAUUGGUUGGCAGUAACCAUCUAGUCAUGAAAACAGCAAAAAACGUUCUGUACGGCGACUCCAAAAACCUACAACCAUGGGGUUUGAUAAUACUCCUAUUAUCUAAGGCUGUUAAAACCUCUACCCUGAACUCCAAAGCGAUAUAUGAACAACAAAGACAAUUGGCUGAGCUCACAGAAAUGAUGAGAACAGGCCAUCUAAUACAUCGAGGUAUAGUUAACGUGCCAUUUGCUAAAAGAUCCAAGAGUACAGAGUCUGCUAUAUUCGGUAACAAAAUUGCCAUUUUGCUUGGAGACUACCUUUUAGUGACAGCGAACUCGAUGCUUGCAGGCCUCAAGAACGCUGAUGUUUUGUACAUAGUUUCAACUGCUUUAAAAGACUUAUCCGAAAGCGAGUUUUUUGGUGAAAGAGAUGAACAGAACAUGCCUCUGCCAGGCAAACCUAGAGCUUUUGAAGAUGAUGAUAUAACUUUUGAAACUAACGCUAUAGAGACAGAUGACGUAUUAGGUAAACCUAGGAAGGAGUGGACAGCUAGAACUGUUUAUAAUGGAGUUAGCUUGCUUGGAAGAGGCUGCCAAGCUUCAAUGCUGCUUGGAAGACAGAAUAGAGAAACGCAGAAUUACGCAUAUCACUUCGGAUGUCAUGUAGGCUUAGCUUGGCAAGCUGCUGCAGAACUACAAAAAUUUAAUGAAAAUAAAGAUCAGUUUUGCUUGACGAGUGCUCCAGUUUUAUACGCAUUAGAAAGAAACCCAGACCUUUAUAAAAUUAUAGAGCAAGCUAAAAACGACGUUAAUGACGUAGACUAUGAAGAUCUUAAGUUUAAUAUACUGAAAACGGAUGCAGUUGAUAAAACUAAGAUGCUAUAUGAAGACCACGCGAAGAAAGCGAUGAAUUAUAUCGAUGAUAUUGGGCAGAAUGAAUCUGUUGAUAUGAUUAAGAAGCUCAUAAAUACUUUUUAGUAGUAAUACGCUUACGAAAGACUGUAACUCUCCUUCACUUAUACUACUUAAGUCUUCAUGAGGCGUUCUAAGUAAACACUUUACCUGUGCUUGCAAGGCAGAGAAAUGUGGAGUUAGAAAUAAUAAGCUGUUGCUAAAGUAUUUAAUUCCGAAAAUACAAACGGCUAUCAUAGAACCAUAUCCAAUAUGAUAUGGGAUCGUCCCAAUGUUUGUGUCCAGAAUGACAUAUCUAUGCAAAUAUGCCAAGCUCGAUUUAGCGGUGAAGUCGUGCAUAUUAUGUUACAAAGGCUAUUUUUGAAAUUGUUCAGAAAUUUUAUUAAAUAUACAUCUCCAGAAUGCUAGCUAUAAUAUAUAUAUGUGUACUAUUUAAUCAAGAGCUUUCAACUGACUCUAUGCCAAAAAUCUAGUUGAUUGGUUGCUAAGUUAACCUAACUGGUUGCACGUAUACGUGAAGGAUGGACAAACAAACAAAGAAACACCCUUUCGCAUUCUUAAUAUUGGUAAGGAUUUAGGAUGUUUUCUGCAAAAGACUGUCGCCUUUAUUUAGUACAACCAUUAAAAGAGAUACCUAAAUAUAAAGUCAUAGAUGAUGAACAUUUUAAACUAAAGCUAUCAAAACAUCUGAUGAUGGUAAUAGGAAUGGAUAGCUGAAUGGAAAGCCGGCUUAGAGGGCUAGCUUUAAUACUGCUUAGAAGUGUUGAUCUCAUAGUUAGCGACUAUGUUUCAGUGCCCUAAAGUACUGGCAAUUUGAACUGUUCGAAGACUUCCACGCACUGAUGAUUUUUGAAUUCGACUCUGAUGAUUGUUGAGCUAUUUCGGUAACUCUGGUACGGUAUGGAUUUCCUCAUUCCUGAUUUGAUCACGUAGAGAUUUGAUCACCCUGAGGAUAGCUCUCCCCAUCGCCCGCUGACUUGUGAUGACAAGUGAAAUAUGGGGAACGAAUUAUAUGUAAGCCAUUUAUUUAAGAGACUGA